GGGGUGCCAUGAGGCGGGGCUGAGGCCGGGCCGAGGCCGGAGCGGGAGCGGCACCGGGACGGACACGGAGCCCGGCGGCCCCGGCCGCCGCGCCAUGCGAGCGGGCUGAGUGGCGGGCAGGGCUGGGGCAGGCAUCGAGCGGCCCGCGAGCGCCGGGGGACCGCCUCUGUUUCUAGCUCUGCCUGUAACCUUUCACUGGAGCCGUGACACCAGAUGCUGCCGCUCUGCCUGGGCCCAGUCACGGAGCAGCUGGGAAGGUUUCUGCAGCCCAGCCCCUUCUACCUUUGGUUGCUUGCUGGGCAGACACUGUUAACACUGUCUGCAGCAUGUAGAAAGUGGACUGGACUCCAGGGAUGCUUGUGCAGAGGUGGCAGGAUCCAAGGUGCUGGUGUCUUGCCCUGCCUGGAGCCUGAGGUACCCAGUGCCCAUCUGCUUCCUGACAUCACCAAUGCGACCAUGGGAACUGGCAGUGAAUAGGCGGCCACCCUCUGCCCCUUUUAACCAGCGCCGUUUCUCAGGGGGACCCUGCAGCAGCCCCGACCACCUCCGGCGAAGCCCCCCUGCCAGGCGUCACUGGGGACGACGCGACCGACCUCUGGCAACCCUGCUGGGCCAGGAUGAGCCCCAGUUGCACCCUGCCUUCCCCCAGCAGCCGCACAUCUCUGUAGAUGAGCCCCGUGCCUACGCUCUCCCCAGCACACCGCCACGAAUGCUUCACCCGGCUGCUCACCCGCCCCACCAGAACCCAUUCAUGGUGGAUCUGCAUGACCAGGUGCACCAGGGACCUGUCCCUCUCUCCUACACGGUUACCACUGUCACGACGCAAGGCUUCCCCAUCCACGCUGGCCAGCACAUCCCUGGGUGCAGCACCCAGCAGCUCCCAGCAUGCUCAGUGAUGUUCAGUGGACAGCACUACCCGCUCUGCUGCCUCCCGCCCCCGCUGAUCCAGGCAUGCGCCAUGCAACAGCUUCCCGUCUCCUACCAGACAUUCCCCCCCAUCAUCUCCAGCGACCAUUACAUCUUGCAUCCACCUCCACCGCCAGUGCCCCCCCACCAGCCUCCCCACAUGGCUCCUCUGGGGCAGUUUGUACCUCUCCAAGCCCAGCACCCACGCAUGCCUCUGCAGAGGAUAGAUAAUGACGUGGACCUGCGAGGGGAGCAGCACCCCAUUGCGGGCUUCACGUACCCCCCAUCCCACCACGCUCCCACACUGUCUCCCUCUGUGCCGCUGCAUUACCUCUCCCACGACCCGCUGCACCAAGAACUGCCAUUUGGCGUGCCAUACCCCCACAUGAUGCCCCGGCGGCUGAACACCCAGCGGUACCGGUUGCAGCAGGCGCUGCCCCCUCCACCUCCCCCUCCACCGCCCCCCCCAUACUACCCGAGCUUUCUGCCCUAUUUCCUCUCAAUGCUUCCUGUGUCACCGACGGCUGUGGGACCCACAAUCAGCCUAGACCUGGAUGUGGAUGAUGUGGAGAUGGAAAAUUAUGAGGCAUUGCUGAACCUGGCUGAGAGGCUGGGGGAGGCCAAGCCGCGGGGACUCACCAAAGCAGAUAUUGAGCACCUCCCGUCUUACCGCUUCAAUCCUGAGAGCCACCAAUCUGAGCAGACUCUGUGUGUCGUGUGCUUCAGCGACUUCGAGGCCCGGCAGCUUCUUCGCGUCCUGCCCUGCAACCACGAGUUCCACGCCAAGUGUGUCGACAAAUGGUUAAAGGCGAACCGCACAUGCCCCAUCUGCCGGGCGGACGCGUCGGAGGUGCAGCGGGAGGCGGACUGAGGCUGGUGGGUGCUGUGCCGCGCAAUUCGCUAGAGGACGAGGACGCUGGGCCGGGGCGGGGGCCACUGCCCGCUGCUAGGGCCUGACCCUGUGCUUACCCCCCUCCCCAAAGCCUCUCCUCGGAUGUGGUGAGCAUUGAGCAGUCCGGGCUUCUGGCCAGCCCUCUUCCUCCCCGCCGGGGCACGGACCCGGCCGGACGCCUGCCCGCUGCCCUCCAGGGGCCCUGAAUCGUGUUGUGCUGGAGGCGGGAGGUGCAUGGCCGCGCCCCUCCACGCUCCAAAGACGCUGUUGUUGCUCCAUCACUUUCCAGGUCUUUGUACUCUGCUAGGGAAUUAGUGGUUCUUCCUUAUGUCACUUUUUUUCCCCAUGGUAGGGUUUUUCCCCUCAUUUCCUUUCCUUUUCUGUUGAGUUUUUGGUUCUGUGGCCGUUUGACCCAGUGGCGCGCAGGCAGCUCCUUCCCUCCGCGUUGCUCACGGAGGACACAGGGAGGAGUGAGGAGUGGCCAGCGUGGGUUUGAUGCUGGCAGCACCCUGAGCCGGGGUGCUGGGACGGCCUCAGGGGCAGCUGAAGGAUGUGGCCGAUGGAGUGCGGCCGAGGUAGAACAUCAGCAACCCUGUGGUGUGGCUGGGGCAGGAAUGCCUCUCCUCGCUACUGUGUACGGUCUGGCGUAGUCUUUCCCGCCUCGGCUGCUCUGGGGCCCCUCCCUCCACAGGGUUAUGGCUCCUUCGGGUCUUUGCCUGAUGGGAGGAUGGUGCUGUCACGGCCCCGGCCCCUCUUUGGUUUCGUUCCCUGUGCCCGGCCAGCAUAGCUCCGGGGGCGGGGCCAUGUGCAGCAUGAGGCAGCCGGGCCUCUGGGAGGGACCCCAGCCCCGUCCCCACGGCCAGGGGCUUGCAGUGGCUCAGGUGUGCCGCCUUGCCCCCGGUUUACGUUGUUUGUCUGUACAUUAAAACAGCUCCACGCCCCUGUCCUGCUGGCCGGACGGUGCGGCACGGUGCCCAGCCAGGGGUCAGUGAGGGGCCGGCUGGGCUGCGGCUGGUGCCCCGGCCCCCGGCGCAGGGGAUUUUUAUCCAUAAUCUGGUGGUGUAUUUUCAGUGCUACCCCUGGCCCUGUCCUGGCUGGUGCGGGAGGAGCUUUGAAGAGCUUCCCUCCCCCCCGCUGCCAUAUCCCCGCCCCUGCCCGUGCGGGGCCAGGGGGGUGUGAUGAGGGAGAAGCCGCCGCAGUGCCCCGCCAUGCCGCCCGGCUCCAGCACUCCCGCGUGGCCGUUGUUUUGCAUGAUUAAUUACCGAGGAGGGUGAUGGGGGGGGGGGGGGCGACGGCGGGGGUUGGGGGGCACGGCCGCCCUCCCCUCGCGGCAUGCGUGUUGCCGAUGCCUGGGAGCCUCCGUGAGCGGACGCCAGCCCUAUGUAAAUGUUCACAAAUAUGCAUGCAUGUCUGA